AUGUUCUCAACAUUUCAGGGCGGUCCCUUCGUGGAGGUCUUCACCCCGCAGGGCAAGGACCCGACGGAGGGAUGGAAGAUGCUGGGGGGUAAAUGCGUCAAGCGCAUGUACGAGAAGGGCGUCAAGGGAUACGUCCACCACGUGACCGGACCGCCGGGGCUGAAGAUGCAGCUACCCGCGGACGAGAGGCGCGGAGUCGGACUCAAGCAGCCGUACCUCGUGUUCCAGAUGCUCCUCCCGUCCGGCCAGUACGUCUCGCUCGAGAUCGUCGUCGCCGACCAGGAGGGCACACGACGAAGGCUCAUCCUCUCCACCUCCUUCACAGACGUCAAGUCGACGCCGCUGCACGCCCAGGUACCCUUACCAUCCGCCUUGGUGCCGUACGACAGGUGGGUAAACCUCGCGUUGGACCUCCCGUCCCUCACCGCGGCGCUGUGGGCGGAACAACGAGCGGAGUUCAAGUCGGUGGAGGGCGUUGGCGUCGGCGCGACGUGCGCCAUUCGUAAGAUCUUCACCGCCAAGUCGCCGCCCCAGGAGCACGGGGUGGACCCGAGCGUUCAGAGGGAGGCGGCGCGGAUCAAGGAUACGAUGACGGAGGGGGGGCGCGCGUGCGUGGGCACCGACGGGAGCCUGGGGAUCCGGGGGUUCGGGUGCGGGCCCGGCGACGCGUCGAGGAGCCGAACGGGGGCGGCGGCGUUUUUUGGCGGCGAAUCGACGCAAUUUUCGCAAACGGAGCCGGCGCCGGAGCCGGUGCCGAGGGCGGCGGACUUUCUCCCGGGGGUGGAGAGGACGACGGUGUGCCUGGACCCGGCCAAGCUGAUGGCGUGCCGCGUCGCGGGCCUACCAAACGCGGAUGUAUACGACGUAUUGGGUGGGUCCCCGAAGCGCGCGUCGUCGCGCGAGGGAUGCAUCGACGAAAGAUUCGGAGGGCUGGGCGUCGCCGGCUUGCGAAUAGGAGGAAACACAGCUGGCGGCGGCCACCACCACCACCAGCAUCUCAGCUACUCCGCCCCUUCGAGCGGGCGCAAGCAGCACGCGGACCACCGGGUAUCCAGCCGGGGCGCCAGCCGCGACGGCGUUCACCUCGCGUUCGGCACCCGGGUCGCGUCCACGCCGCCGUCGCGCGGGCGGAGCAGGCCCGCGUCGCAACCCGAGCACAACAGACGGUGGAGCCCGACGAACGGUAACGGUAACGGCGGCGUGCACUCGCGCGACGGGACGCCCGGAACUUCGGGUCGGACCCGCGCCGAGCGAUUCAACGAGGACUUGGCGAGCUACUUCGCCGCGCAAGGACACGGGCGGUCGAGCGGGUUCAUCGACAGGCUGAACAGACGAAACUCGGUGGAUAACAACGGCGGUGGAGGACCCGGGGCGAUUGAUUUGCCCCACGUCGACGCCAGGCCGAAGGUUUCGUCCCCCGGCGGCAAGCCGGGCGGGCUGAUAUCGCACGGGUCUCGCGAGUGGGACGACGACGUGGCGGCGCUGGGGGACCUGGGCGGCCACCUGAGCGUCAGCCCCAAGGGGGGAGCGUCGGGGAGGAGGUCGGUGACGUUUGGAGCGAGCCCGAAGACUCCCGGAGGCGCGAGGAGGACGCAGGCGAACGCCCAGCCCCGCGCGCAUACGGUCGGGGGCGCGUCGCCUCGAUCGAGGGGCUCGCGGCUCUCCACCGGCGCGCUGCCCGCGCUAUCCCCGCGAGGGAGGGAGAGAAGCAGCAGCAGGGGGCUCGAUUUCGGGCCGAGUCUCCGUUCUCGAGAAGGAGGCGGGCUGGACGAGUGCGACCUGGGCGGCUCCAUGCGGGUGUCGUCGCUGAGCCACUCGUUUGACGCGGGCGGCGAAGGCGGGGUGGUUAACCACUUCCCGGCACGCCACUCGCGGCGUUCGCAGCGGUCGUCCGGUCCCGGGUCCCCGAUCGGAUCCCUGAACGCGAGUUCCAGGUCCGUUUCCGACGGGGACGAAGAAAGCGCCACGGCUGGCGCCACGGCUGGCGCCACGGCUGGCGCCACGGCUGCCGGCGCGGGGAGCUUCACGCCGCAGCCGCCGCCCGGGGCGUACUCCAGCAGGCGGUACGCGGACGACCGUUUCGAAAACCGUUUCGAUCCGGGUUUCGACGACGACGACAUGCCCAACAUGCGUCACUCCGAGCUGGGUUUGUCCAACUCGUCGUUGGACAGGUUCGUGGGAGGAGGGAACGCGCCGCCCCCGCGCCUGGUGGUUCCGGGCGGUCCGGAGGACGACGACGCGGUGGUGGUGACGGUGGAGCCCCCGACGCGAAGCAUCGCGUCGCCGAUGCACCCUCACGGCUUCGGAGGCUACGACGACGACUUCCAGCUCGCGGCGGAUCUGAAUUCGCCCUCUGCGGGGCUGGACGGCAGACCCGGGCGGAGGACGUACGGCGGGAGGGGCCGGGGGGCCCGCGGGGGCCGGGGAUCCGUCGAGCGGACUAUCCAGACCCCGUCCAAGCUCCACGGCGCUCCACGGGCGGCUCGCGGGGGGGAGGCGGACGGGGUGGAAAAGGAAGGGGAAGACGGCGGCGGCGUGUACAUGGACGGGGAGGGACCGGGGGCGAACGCCGCGAGGGGUCAUCCGUCGACGACGGUCAUCCGGGCGUCGAGGGCGGCGUCUGAGGUUGGGGACGAGGACCCGGCCGAGGGGGGUGCCGAGGGGGGUGCCGACCUAAACGACGACGACGACGACGACCGCGGGAUCGAGCCGAUCGCGGAGACGUUCGAGCCCCACCGCGACUCCAACGGCAUCGCGUACUACCCCAACGGAUCGGCUCCCACCCGCGACGGCGACGACGACGACGGGCUGGGGCUCUCCUCCGACGACGAGUCCGGUCAGCUUCGGAUGAUGCGGGAGAGCCAGAUCAUCGGGGUGUCGGACAUGCCGUCGCGCGGGGGACACUCGAGGGGCGCGGACAGCAGCACCAGCGGGGACGGCGGGUGGGGGGGGAUCGGCGGGGCCGGGGGUUGGUCCUCCCGGCCCGGGACGGGUUCGUCGUCGAUUUGGGGAAAACAAACCAACAGCCGGGGGUUCUCGACGCCCGCGGGUCUGCGCCUGUUCACCCCCGACCUCAUCCUCUCCGGGGGCGAGCGGCGGAGCACGGUGCCCCCGCCGAUGGGUGCCCACGACGUGACGGGUGGGACGCGGACGACGCCGGACGCCAACGCGAAGGAACCGUCGGUCACGAACGGAUCGAAAGAGCCGCUUCACGUGGUCAACGGCGAGGCAAACGUCGCUCGCGCCGGUCCGAUCGGUAACUCCAAGCCGAACUCGCCGAGCUUCGCCGGUAAAAACGAGAUCAAAUCGGAGGGGGAGAACAAGGAGGAGCCCGCGGAGCUCGACCUGAUCUACGACCCGGUGCUGAACUACUACUUCGACCCCAAGAGCAACACGUACUACGAGCUCAAGACGUGAGUAUUAGAGACUAAAACCUUUUGUAAAAGAGACGGAUGUAUGGGGACU